CCAUAUUAUCCAUUCAGCAGCCAGAAAGACUGGGAAGUUGGGUCAUGGCUACUUUGCUCAGGAUUGAGCAUGGGGAAGAUUGACAGUUUUCUUUUACUCAAGAUGUGUUUGGUUCAAAUAAAGACCCUUCUGUUGUUGUUCUGUUUGGCCAAGGAACUAUGCAGCAGAGCAGAAAUGUUGCCCAGCGGUCUGUGCUGGAUGUCUCAAAUGAUACCUACAGCACAUCCCACAAAAUCACCCAUUGUGUUGUAUUGGCAUGAUCCCCUGUAUUGUAUUUUGAGCCUUCUCAACCAUCCUGCCUUUUAUGAUCAGCUGGACUUCACACCUUGUAGGGUGUAU